AUGCAAUCACGGAUGUGGCUUAGUCCUCGCAGCUGCCGGAGAGCUGUUCAGAGAGUACGAGCCCCAGUCAUGAAUCCAGAAGAACGCGUUGUGACAUGGCUUAUAUCUUUGGGAGUUUUAGAGUCUCCCAAAAAGACCAUCUGUGAUCCAGAGGAGUUCCUGAAGUCCUCGCUGAAAAAUGGGGUGGUGUUGUGCAAACUCAUCAACAGACUCCUGCCUGGUUCGGUGGAGAAGUAUUGUCUGGAGCCCCAAACUGAAGACGACUGUAUCAACAAUAUCAAUGACUUCCUGAAAGGAUGUGCAACUCUUCAAGUGGAAGUUUUUGAGCCCGAUGACCUUUAUUCAGGGGCCAAUUUCUCCAAGGUUCUGAGCACUCUUUUAGCUGUCAACAAAGCAACAGAAGAUCAGCUAUCAGAAAGACCAUGUGGACGGUCCUCUUCUCUUAGCACUUCCGCUACCAACAGUGCCCCACCAAACCCACAGGCAACAGUACCCAGCACCACUCCAGCGCAGCAAAGUCAGGCAAAGGCAGUGGAAAUGACGGAAAAUGGAAGUCACCAGUUGAUAGUAAAGGCGAGAUUCAACUUCAAGCAGACUAACGAAGAUGAACUGUCAGUGUGCAAAGGCGACAUCAUUUAUGUCACUAGAGUUGAAGAAGGAGGCUGGUGGGAAGGCACAUUAAAUGGGAGAACAGGAUGGUUCCCUAGUAAUUAUGUCCGAGAAAUUAAACCCAGCGAGAGACCUCUGUCCCCUAAAGCUGUCAAAGGAUUUGAUGCUGUUCCACUUACCAAGAAUUACUACACUGUGGUGUUACAGAACAUCUUGGAUACUGAAAAAGAAUAUGCCAAAGAACUUCAGUCGCUUCUGGUUACUUACCUAAGACCUUUGCAGGCUAAUAACAACCUUAGUUCUGUGGAGUUUACUUGUUUAUUGGGAAACUUUGAAGAAGUAUGCGCCUUCCAACAGACGCUCUGCCAAGCCUUGGAAGAAUGUUCAAAGUUUCCAGAAAACCAGCACAAAGUAGGAGGCUGUCUACUGAACCUCAUGCCCCAUUUUAAAUCGAUGUACCUGGCUUACUGUGCAAAUCAUCCUUCAGCGGUCAAUGUGCUCACUCAGCACAGUGAUGAUCUAGAACGAUUCAUGGAAAAUCAAGGUGCAGCCAGCCCAGGUGUCCUCAUUUUAACGACAAGCCUCAGCAAGCCGUUCAUGCGACUGGAGAAGUAUGUUACUCUCUUGCAAGAGCUGGAGCGACAUAUGGAGGACACUCAUCCGGACCAUCAAGACAUUCUGAAGGCAAUCCUAGCAUUCAAAGCACUCAUGGGGCAGUGCCAAGAUCUGAGAAAGAGAAAACAACUGGAAUUGCAGAUCCUUUCGGAACCUAUUCAGGCAUGGGAAGGAGACGAUAUUAAGAGCCUGGGGAAUGUGAUCUUCAUGUCGCAAGUGAUGGUACAGUACGGAACCUGUGAGGAAAAAGAGGAGCGAUAUUUUAUGCUGUUUUCAAAUGUCUUGGUAAUGUUGUCUGCAAGUCCUCGGAUGAGUGGCUUUAUCUAUCAGGGAAAAAUACCAGUAGCAGGGAUGGUGGUGAAUAGAUUGGAUGAAACCGAAGGGAGCGACUGUGCAUUUGAAAUCACAGGUAACAUAAUAGAGAGAAUUGUGGUCUAUUGCAACAAUAGCCAGGAUUUCCAGGAAUGGCUGGAGCACCUGAACAGACUGACCAGAGGACCAGCCUCUUCCAGCUCAUUGUCUAAGACCUCGACAUCAUCCUGUAGUGGGCAUUCUUCUUUUAGCUCUACUGGACAGCCCCGAGGACCCUUGGAGCCUCCUCAAAUUAUAAAACCGUGGAGUUUAAGUUGCCUACGACCUGCACCUCCACUUAGACCAUCAGCAGCACUAGGUUAUAAAGAGAGGAUGUCUUAUAUCUUAAAGGAAUCUAGUAAGAGCCCCAAGACAAUGAAGAAGUUUCUUCACAAAAGAAAGACGGAGAGAAAAGCCUCGGAGGAAGACUACGUGAUUAGGAAAAGUACAGCUGCUCUGGAAGAGGACGCUCAGAUUCUUAAGGUGAUCGAAGCCUACUGCACCAGCGCCAGUUUUCAACAGGGCACUCGGAAAGAUUCUGUCCCACAAGUGCUACUCCCUGAGGAAGAGAAACUCAUUAUUGAAGAAACCAGAAGUAACGGGCAGACCAUCAUCGAAGAAAAGAGCCUUGUUGAUACUGUGUACGCCUUGAAGGAUGAGGUCAAAGAACUGAAGCAGGAGAAUAAGAGAAUGAAGCAAUGCCUGGAAGAAGAACUGAAGUCGAGGAAGGACCUAGAAAAACUGGUCCGGAAGCUGUUGAAGCAAACAGAUGAGUGCAUUCGAGCUGAAGCCAGCAGCAAGUCCGCAAUUCUCCCAUAACUGUCACUGCUCAGCUGAGCACUCGUUGAAAUAGCCAGCUGAAUUUGACUGUGCCCUUCAGCUUUUGCUUUGUGUUUCUCUCUCUCUCUCUCUCUCUCUCUCUCUCUCUCUCUCUCUCUCUCUCUCUCUCUCUCUCUCUCUCUCUGCUUGAGUGUUUGUUACUUGGUUAUCAGUUGAUUGAUAUUUGUUUUAACAGGUGGAAGAGCAACCUGGGGUGGUGAUAAAGUGGCCCCAAUACUUUGCUAUGCCCAACAGCCCUUUACUACCUAAUUCGCUGAAGGCAAAGCUUCCCAGGCUACGUGUAGAGUAGGUGACAGUGAAUGCCUUUGCCCAAUGCUCCAGCUGUACUUUCCUGGAUUGUCACGUGGCUCCCUUCCAUACUUUAACAAUCAUUGCCCUGCGUUGUCUUUUAAGACCAAGAACAGGGUAGGGUCCUCAUUCCCUUUACGCUGGUGUACAUUUCAAUCAGUGGGGUAGGAACUCCAACUGUCCAUCAGCAAACUGCUUCCGGCAAUCCCCCCUUAGCAGCAGGGCAGAGCAUCUAUUCCUAGUGCACCGUAGCUUGACAGCCCAGCCUUCCGCCUCUACGGAAGUUUUCUACCUCCCCACCCCACCCCUGUGCUUUUAGGCAGCCGUACCCAGUGGUGUGUAAACUAGUGUGGGUGUGCUUUGCUUAUUUUGUCGGCUACAACAAGCAGCGACUUUAUCUUGACUAUUCAAACUACAACCUUUUCCCCUUUCUAAACAACCUGGGUGACAAGACGCCAUGUACACACCUUCCACCCCGUCUUAUCGAGCCCCGGUUUGGUUUCUGCAGUGAGAAGUUAGAAUCAUCAUUGCCCUCUUUGGUGUAAGCCUUGAGUACAUGAGCCAGUUUGUAUAUCCUGAGCGAAAGGCCCCCCCUCCACCAUCUGGGCUGCUUGCCAGUGAAGCUGAUUGUCUGAAACUAUUUUUCUCAAGUUGGGCAUAAUGCCGAACCAUUGGCUUUGUAAGUAGUCCAGAAAUCUGAAGUGUGAGAAAGCAGAUUUAGAAGAGAGCCCCAGAAGAAGACCUAAAUUCAACACAAGUCAAAAUGGUCCAAGGCGACAGGAUGGGGCAGAGCAGAACUUGUCCACCUCCUCGGAUGGCAGGGCAACUUGGCCAGGUGGCAAAGUCACUUUAAAGAGAGACUGAAAGCCAACAAAGUCUUCUAUAUAUGUGUGGUGCAUGCCUGUAAGUGCUGUUUCAAAACCAAACUCGAGGCCUAGAUUCUUGUUGAGGAGCCCUUUGCUUUCUGGCAUGGAGGCUCUCACAGUUUCCAUGAUUUCGUGGUACAGGGCAUUGCCUCCUGCUACAUAAACAGCAGUAUAGCAUCCACAGGAAGUGGAGAAUUCCUGAAGUCCACCCUCAGAUGCUUGUACACACAGCCAUCUUCGGCAGCGCGAGUGAGGGUUUCUAAGAAUGACUGGCCUGUUUCUAAGCCCUGUGAUUUCUAUGAGACAUCUUUCAUGUCAAAAUUUAAAAUAAGAUACAACAGUAGCAAUCCAGAUGUUCACAUGUGUUUUGUCUGUGUUUAGUCAAUAGUUUGCAAUCCAUGUGCACAUUUGAAGCUUUAGUGAUUACCAAUAAUUUAGCUGAUUGCUUAGGACAUUGAAGGGUCUCUAAAAGGAUGUGUACAUAUGCAUGUUUGGGGACUUUGCCCUUCCCAGGAGAGGCCCUUGAUACUUGGGAUAACGCAACUUGUGCAGUGGGCUGCCCGCGCUUACACACUAAAUAAUAUAAAGGAAAUGAAGCCAUGUUAACUUGACAGCUGUGUCUCAGUAGUUGUGUUGUUUACAAUACUCUAUAAAUGGGUUCCUGUUCCUCUGUAAUUAAACUGCUGCCCUUAGAGGCCUUUCAGUUUCUUCUCUGUCAUGUCCCUUCUGACAGGAGCUCAGAUUUUCUAAACUUGUUUUUAUUUUAAAGACUUUUAAAAUGAACAUUUUCAAUAAACAAGA